GAGCAGAGAGUGAAGGGGAGCCAGGAAAGGCGACCUGUGUGCAGGGUGUGGGGUGGGCAUGGGCAGGGUGCGCAGAUGACAAGUGGGGUGUGUCUCUGCACCCACAUUCUGAGCCUCCUGCUCUUCUGCAAGGUGGAGAGGAUCCUGCGCCAGGCACUGUCUGUCCCAGGGCUGGCGGCCAUGUCUGCAGUUGUCAUCCACAAUGACACCGUGCUCUGGACUGGGAACUUUGGGAAGAAGAAUGGCUCGGACCCAGCUUCUGGCCCCCCCAAUGAGUACACCAUGUACCGGAUCUCCAGUGUCUCCAAGAUCUUUCCAGUCCUCAUGCUGUACCGCCUGUGGGAGGAGGGUAUCGUAGCCUCUCUAGAUGACCCUUGACGGUAUGCCAGCUCCUUCACUAUUAACAACCCGCUGGGCAUGGCACCAGCCCCCAAACAGCAGAGCCUGAUGGAUGGGCUGGAGGAGGUGGGCCCAGCCCCAAGGCCUUCGCCCAUCACCUUCUGAAGGAUAGCUCUCAGGUGAAUGGCUUUGAACUUACCUGGGCUGCCCCGAAGGCUGCGAUCCACUUCGCUGCUAUGGAAGGGCAGCACCCAGGAGGCCCUGAGCCUGCUCAAGGAUGAUGUGCUGGUGGCGGACCCAGGAACCAGGUGCCAUUACAGCACGCUGGCCUUCUCGCUUCUGGCGCACGUCCUGGCAGCCCACACGGCCCAGGGUGACUACCAGCGCUGGGUCUCCGAGAACGUGCUGGAGCCGCUGGGGAUGGCAGACACCGGCUUCGACCUCACCCCUCCGGUGCGCGACUUGGCGGCGGGCUUCUACGAUGUCAUUGCCCCAUUUCACAGACAUGAAAAUGAGGCGUGCAGCAAUUAUGUGACAUCUCCACAGAAACUGAGCUAA